AUGGAGGUUCAUAGUUCUUGGGAUUCCCUUCGCAAACAGGCAAGAAAAAUUGAAGCUCAGUUGGAUGAGCAAAUGGUUUUAUAUCGUAAGUUGGUUUCUACAAAAGCUGAUGCAACUGAGGGUGAUCUCGAGUCUUGGAUUGACCGAUUACUUAACCAACUCAAACAAGUAAACUCACAGAUGCAAGCUUGGGUGUCCUCUGGCGGCUCAGAAAUGGUAUCUCAUACUCUUACCAGACACCAAGAAAUUUAUCAAGAUCUCUCCCAGGAGUUUUAUCGUCUGCGGUCUAGUCUUAGAGCUAAGCAAGAACAUGCUUCACUACUUGAUGACUUUAAAGAGUUUGAUCGAACAAGAUUAGAUUUGGAAGAGGGUGGAGGUUCUGAACAGCAAACCCUCCUUAAAGAGCGUGCAUCUAUCAGCCGAAGUACAGGACAGAUGGACUCUGUUAUUUCACAAGCACAGGCAACACUCGGUGCUCUAGUCUUCCAGCGUUCGACUUUUGGUGGCAUCAAUUCAAAGCUCAGCAACGUGAGCAGUCGCCUCCCAACGGUAAAUACUAUUCUGUCAGCAAUAAAGCGAAAAAAGUCAAUGGAUACCAUAAUACUUUCCCUAGUUGGGUCUGUAUGCAUUUUUCUUAUUUUCAUCUACUGGCUAACCAAGUAA